ACACAAGAUAUGGAUUUCUGGUUUUUUGUUGUUGUUGCUGCUGUCUUUGCUCGGGGGCAAGAAAGGAAACAGACCGCUAUGACAAACGCAAAGACUCGAGCAAGACAAAGCAGGGAGGUAUUGGAGAAAAGAAAAUAAUCAGGAAUUUCCGAGGGGAUAUCUAAUCGAUUAGAAGCACACCUCCAGAGUGAACCAGGAAAACCAACGAAUAAAAAGCCCAUAGAAAGGAGAUCUCCUAUAGACGAUAUUUGUUUGUUUGCCGUUGAGGCUCUGUUGUGAAGAAAUGCAUUCCGGUAUCAAAAGACGCCCCUGCCUAGGAAGUCCAACCUAUGGUAUAGACACCCAUCGACAAAAAACGUCACAGAGACGCGAAGAUCAACCGCAAGGAGACUAGGGGAAAACAUCGCAACCAGAAAGGAAAACAUGAUCAUCAGGUUCGCAGGAUGGUGUAUUCGCAAAUCGCAACCGAAUUCGCAAAAGCCGCUCGUUCUGCUUUUCAUAUCAACUCCCAUCCCCUACACCCAAUGCUGCAAUCACUCCCACCAGUAGCCAGGGAUACGAGCCACUCUAGCAAGAUCGAAGAAGCGUGUGAAAAUGAGAUGGGACGAUUCGAGACGGAGAAAUCUAGGACUCGGUGGCAGGCGCAGCAUCGGUCUUUGGCUCGGCGGGCUUGGUCUCCUCUGGCUCAGCAGCCUUCUCGGCCUCCUUUGCUGGCUCAGCUGGUGCGGCCUCUGGCUCGCCGCUAUCCGAUGAAGUCCAGAGGGUGAGGUUGUCUCUGAGGAGUUGCAUGAUGAGGGUGCUGUCACGGUAGGACUCCUCAGACAGAGAAUCGAGCUCAGCAAUGGCAUCGUCGAAGGCUUGCUUGGCGAGAUGGCAUGCGCGAUCUGGGGAGUUCAAGAUCUCGUAGUAGAAGACGGAGAAGUUGAGGGCCAGGCCAAGACGGAUGGGGUGGGUUGGGGUGAGCUCGGUUUGAGCGACAUCGGUAGCGUUCUAUGCAGGAUAGGUUAGGAAAGUUGAAAGGUUUGUCUGGUCAAUCGCAUACCUUGUAAGCCUCGUGGGCAGCAGUGGCAGCGACCUUGCGCUUCUCACCGGAAGCAAAUUCAGCCAAGUAGCGGUGGUAAUCACCCUUCCUGAUUAAUGACCUGUGUCAGCGACGGGUCCUGUUAUAGAGUUGUAGAGUGGACAUGCCACCAGCGAUAAGACGUACAUCUUGUGGUAGAACACCUUGGACUCGCCAGACUCGGCCUUGGGGAUCAAGGACUCGUCCAGGACAUCAAGGACAUCCUGGCAGACCUUCUCGAGCUCGGUUUCGAUCUUCUGACGGUAGUCACGGAUGGUGGAGACGUGCUUGUCGGUACCCUUGGACUCUUCCUUUUGCUCAAUCGAGGAGAUUAUGCGCCAGGAAGCACGUCUGGUUCCGACGACAUUCUUGUAGGCGACCGACAGGAGGUUUCGCUCGUCAACGGUAAGCUCUCCACCCAACUGUGUCACGCGUCGUCAGUUGUAAUCCUUUUUCGAAGCCAACAUCGUCGCUAAGGUCGGUGAGCGCAUUGCGUACCUUGGCAACCUCCUUCAUGUAUGUAACCAUCUCAUCGUAACGCUCGGCUUGCUCGCAGAGCCUCGCGAGGAAGGUCUUACUGCGGUGGGAAUUAGCAUCAACAUCGGAUAGGCGCCGGGCGCAUCGAAUCAGGAUCGAGUCCGUACCUUUCACGCUAAAUAGAGACAUAUAAGUCAGUAGAUUGUUCUCGAGAGAUGGCAGAGAGAUAGGUGGAGGAUAACAACGCGGUCGAUAAGGGUUGUUGGGCCAUGGAGGGGAAAACAACAGCGGCCUGUAAUGCAAAGGUGACGUUGUUGGGGCAGACGGAGCACUUACUUCGGUAGUCAUUCUUGCGGUGGAUCAGAAUGUGCUUGCAAAGGAGGGGAGGGAAGAGGUGGAUGAAGAAGAUUGCAGAUCGAUGGUGCGUGGUUGAGUUGUUGGAGGAAAAGUUGAAAUCGAAGUGCUCAUUCAAAAGCUGGGGAUUCCACGCCGACGGUGUUCAACUGCGCUAGUGAGUUUCGCUAAUGGAAGGCGGGCUGAGAUGGAUGGUGGCAGAAUUGCAGGUGAAGAGCAACACGACAUCAACAAAACGGCCUCUGGACAACUUCGAUUGCUUCGUUUUGCAACUCGAGUGAAUGGUCUAUGAAGUGGAAAUCUUGUCUCGAGUUGUGUAUGCCUUGUUUUGUUUACAAUCAAUGUUGACGAGGCUGAGGGGAACUUGAAAAUGGUAUCACGUGGGAACAACAAUGCAUCGGGCGAUGGAAGACGGUCGACCACUUUCUCUACCGACCUUGGGUCACCCUCCUCGACGCUUCAGAUCAGGGUAAGCCUCAUCUGAUACCCCGACUGGAAGAAGGUAGAUAUCGGGAGUUUGGUACUUGGGGGCUUGACAAUAACAACAACUCUUCCGGUUUGUACAACACAAAGACAGCGUUGCCAUGGUCACGUCAUUUCACAGCACAUCUUGAUUCUGCCCACUCUCAUUCAUCUGCUGUUGUUGUGUUCUCUGGCUAUUUGUCUAUCCUGAAUGGCUACUUGUCUUAAUAGAGUACGUCCCUUAUCAUUUGUAUAGCCAACUUGUUUCUGCCUUGAGGUACGCAGGGGUGUUGUUUGGCUGCAUGUGCUGGCGGAUCAUCAACCAAUGGAGCCACAUGGCAUCUUAGAUGGCCCAACAAUUGGACGAAAAAGACUCAUCCUGGUGAUCUGAUGUGAUGAGAGGAGGAGCUGAGAGGUCAUUCAUGUAUGAUGUUCUCGGCGUCGGAAUUAGGAGAUGGAAAAGCUGGGCUGCACAUCACCAUGACCCAUGUGAAACGAACUUUGGGGUGGAGAACGUCGACCACUGAGCCUUGAUAACAACACGAGAGCUUGGAUGUUGAGAGCGAGAUAUUAUUCUGAAUCCUGAUAAAGCAGGCUUCAACGUCCUAUUAUUGAUGCAGUAAAUACACUCAAAUCAUGAAGGAAACUUGUAUAUAGCUUCAUCACUAGAGCAUGCGAAGUAUGCCGAUACUCUGACCCUGACCUUCCUGAUGAACAGCAAGUUGUACUUUGUCCUGUAGCCCACUUCGAGACACUCGUAACAUGCCUGACACUCCAUGAUGGCAAUAAUGGAAGUCUUCCGUGGACCAGUCAUGCCCGUCCGGCCCAUGUCCUGCCCCGCCUUCUCCUCACAGAAGUGAACGUAAAUUACCUCAGCCAGAUACCGUCUUCAACAGAAAACUUUACUUCCGCUGAGGUGAGCUCUUUUGUUUCCAUCGGCUGGGAUGAGCAAAGUCAAGCAUUCCGGGUCUGGAACCUACCGAUCUGGGGGAAAGUUGCGGCUCAAAACGAUGGACACAGUCAGUCAGUGCCAGCCUGCUAGGCUAGGCUUGUACUUCUGGAAACAGUAGGUCGGUACAGCAGACAAAGCACUGCUCUCAGUCUCUUCUCGUGACUGAAGUCUGCAAUCUAUUCAACACUCAAGCCUAAUGUCUGACAUCCGGUACAAACGGCAGUCAGGUUAAGACUCACGAAGAACCACAGCCCACCAGCCACCUUUCUAAGAACAGAUUGGCCGAAUACCCGCGACUCAAGCGCAGCUCAGCACCCACGUCUGCCCAGUGCCCACUGCCCAGACCUGCCGCUGCGCACGGCGAGGCUAACGAUUCUCCAACCGACCAAUCCCAUCCUGCACGAAGAGGACACUUGUAGAUUUGUGGUGGCAGAGACGGCGAGACCUAGCACUUACCAAGCAGGACUUUAGAAAGAAUAUAUUCUCUUUCCCCGCCUCCGACGUUCACUGCGUCGUUCUUCUCCGCUGCAAAUUUUCACUACAUUUUUGCCACAACUUUUGGACGAAACAUUCGGCCUUGCAUGAGCUCUCCAAGACAAAAAAAGUAGCCGCCAAACGGUACAGCCUCCGUAUCCCACCAGCCUUCACUUCGCCAGCCUGCGACCCCACGUUCACUAUGGAAAAUGCAUACGCCAAAUCCACCGCCGAGGUGCUGAAGUUCUUCUCUGUCUCUGAAGCCCAGGGAUUAUCAGAGUCUCAAGUUAAGGCUUCAAGAGAAAAGCAUGGUCGCAAUUCUAUUGAAGAGGAGCCCCCAACUCCUAUUUGGGAGCUGAUUCUCGAGCAAUUCAAAGAUCAGCUUGUCAUAAUCCUUCUGGGUUCCGCCGCCAUCUCCUUCGUUCUGGCGCUUUUGGAAGAAGGUGGGGGUUGGACAGCUUUCGUAGAUCCAGCAGUUAUCCUCACAAUUUUGAUACUCAACGCUGUCGUUGGUGUAUCGCAAGAAAGCAGCGCCGAGAAAGCAAUUGCCGCCCUCCAAGAAUAUUCCGCGAACGAGGCCAAGGUUAUUCGAGAUGGUCUAAUUAGCAAGAUCCGCGCAGAGGAAUUGGUUCCCGGAGACAUAAUUUCGAUCGCUGUGGGAGACAGAAUCCCAGCAGACUGCAGACUUUUGGCUAUUCAAAGCAACAGUUUCAAUGUGGACCAAGCAAUUCUCACUGGAGAGAGUGAGAGUGUUGGAAAGGAUACAGUCGCAGUCACAGAUACAAGAGCUGUCAAGCAGGAUCAGAUCAACAUCCUGUUUUCUGGAACAACAGUGGUUACUGGACAUGCUACUGCGAUCGUGGUUCUCACUGGAUCAUCUACCGCAAUUGGAGACAUUCACGAGAGCAUUACUGCUCAGAUCUCGGAACCUACGCCUUUGAAGCAGAAGCUCAAUGACUUUGGAGACACUUUGGCAAAGGUAAUCUCGGUCAUUUGCGUUGUCGUCUGGCUCAUCAAUAUUCCCCACUUCAAUGACCCAUCUCACGGAAGCUGGGCCAAGGGAGCUAUCUACUACCUCAAAAUCGCAGUCUCACUCGGUGUUGCAGCUAUUCCAGAAGGUCUUGCUGUUGUCAUUACAACAUGUCUUGCACUCGGCACCAGAAAGAUGGCUGCCAAGAACGCUGUUGUUCGAAGUUUGCCAUCUGUUGAGACGCUUGGAAGCUGCAGCGUCAUCUGUUCAGACAAGACUGGUACUUUGACCACGAACCAGAUGAGCGUCAACAAGGUCGUCUACAUCAACGAGGCUGGCAAUGAUUUGGAGGAGCUUGAUGUUCAGGGUACCACAUUUGCUCCUCUGGGUAGCAUUACAUCUAAAGGCUCCAUUGUCUCAAAUGUGGCGGCCUCAUCAAGCACUGUAUUUCAAAUGGCCGAAGUAGCAGCACUCUGUAACGAUGCCCAGCUCGCUUUUGAUGCAAAGUCUGGCACUUACUCAAAUGUUGGUGAACCGACUGAAGGAGCUCUUCGCGUUCUCGUGGAAAAGAUUGGUACCCAAGACGCCGCACAGAAUCAGAAACGUGCUGGUGCCACGGGUCAGGACUGUCUUCAUCUUUCUAGCUCUUGGUACGAGGCCAGAGCUCCACGCCUUGCAACAUAUGAGUUCUCCAGAGACCGAAAGAGCAUGUCCGUUCUUGUUGGUAGCAAGAACCAGCAAAAGUUGCUUGUCAAGGGUGCUCCAGAGAGUAUCAUUGAUCGCUGCACUCACACAUUGGUUGGAGCAAAUGGCAAGAAGGUACCCAUGACCAAAACUCUUACAGACCUUUUAUUGCGAGAGGUUGUAGAUUAUGGCAACAGAGGCCUCCGAGUCAUUGCUCUUGCCAGUGUGGAAGAUGUUGCUUCCAACCCACUUCUCAAGACUGCCAAAUCUACCGCUCAAUACUCUCAGCUCGAGCAAAAGCUCACUCUUCUCGGUCUCGUUGGAAUGCUUGACCCUCCCCGUCCAGAAGUCGCCGGAUCCAUCAGAAAGUGCAAGGAGGCAGGCAUCAGAGUCAUUGUUAUCACUGGAGACAACCGCAACACUGCCGAGACUAUCUGUCGCCAAAUUGGUGUCUUUGGAGAGUACGAAGAUCUCAAGGGCAAGAGCUACACUGGACGCGAAUUCGACAACCUCAGCGAAAGCGAACAACUGGAAGCCGCAAAGAGAGCAUCUCUGUUCUCCCGAGUCGAGCCAAGUCACAAGUCUAAGCUGGUCGAUCUUCUUCAAUCCGCUGGAGAAGUCGUUGCCAUGACCGGUGACGGAGUCAACGAUGCCCCAGCACUGAAGAAAGCCGAUAUUGGAGUUGCUAUGGGAUCCGGAACCGACGUUGCCAAACUUGCGUCAGACAUGGUCCUCGCAGAUGACAACUUCGCAACGAUCGAAGUCGCUAUCGAGGAGGGCCGCUCCAUCUACAACAAUACUCAGCAAUUCAUCCGCUACUUGAUCUCCUCCAAUAUCGGAGAAGUUGUAUCCAUCUUCCUCACUGCCGCAGUCGGCAUGCCAGAAGCUCUCAUCCCCGUCCAACUCCUCUGGGUCAACCUCGUCACCGACGGUCUCCCCGCCACAGCCCUAUCUUUCAACCCUCCUGACCAUGAUAUCAUGCGUCGCGCCCCUAGAAAGCGAGACGAGCGUCUCAUCGGAGGCUGGCUCUUCUUCCGCUACAUGGUCAUCGGCGUGUACGUUGGUCUCGCAACGGUCGCCGGCUACGCUUGGUGGUUCAUGUACAACAGCGAAGGACCACAGAUCUCCUUCUACCAACUCUCGCACUUCCACAAGUGCUCUGCGCAAUUCUCCGACAUCGGUUGCAGCAUGUUCUCCAACGAUAUGGCGAAGUCCGCAUCUACUGUCUCGCUGUCGAUUUUGGUCGUCAUCGAGAUGCUGAAUGCUAUGAACGCUUUGUCGAGUAGCGAGUCGCUGCUCACGUUACCUCUUUGGGAGAACAUGAUGCUUGUAUACGCGAUCACGCUCUCUAUGGCGCUGCAUUUCGCACUCCUCUACACACCUAUUUUACAGACUCUGUUCUCGAUCUUACCCCUGAACUGGAAUGAGUGGCAGGCUGUUUUGGUCAUCAGUGCGCCUGUCAUUCUCAUCGACGAACUCCUCAAGUUCAUCGAGCGCCAGCUCUUCAUCCAGAAGACCGACGUCGCCACACCCAGGGCCAAGAAGGAGUAAUUCACACACUCGAUACUUAAUCUACGGAGUACAGCAUGCAUGCAAUGGAAGAGAGGAGACUUCGAGACUUUGCUUGAGAUAGACGAAUGAGAAGUAUGAUACACAUCCCUUGUGUGCAUUGGAGGGAUGAAAGAGAAAGUGUGUGUGUGUGUGUGUGUGUGUGUACAUAUGCAUUGUAGAUUACCGUUACUCGCAACCUAGAUGUCCGUCGAGAAGUAGAUAUAGAGUAUUGCAUAAAUGUACUUGUGGUUAUUGAAGAAUUGUUUUCCUUAUAUCUUUAUCUUAUAUCUUUGCAUGAAGAUUCCCG